UUGACAGCUCGCCAUGUCCUCUGCUUUCGAUGUUUCGCCAGAGCCUUCGCCUCUCAACACCCGCUUUCUCGUCGGCCAAGACCACGAUGAUGACCACGAUGACGAACCUCACUUCUCCGACGGCGACACCGCGUCAGCGCGCUCUAUUGCGCUCUCAUCUCCGCCACGCUCUCCUCGCGACUCUGUCUCUCUCGGUGUUUCGCAGCCGCAGGAGCCAGCGGUCACCCCGGUGACUCUCGUCCGUCAAAGUCUUUCCCUUGCUGGCCUCUCAAAGAGAAAUACCGUCGACACCGAAGGGAGCUCGCUUAACUCGGAGGUGGACGGAGACGGAGACGACAGGAGUUUCUUUGCACGCAAGUAUGAAGGGGAGUCUCCUCUAUCUAGCGUUGCCCCCUCUAUGCACGAGUUGGACAAGCCCAUGUCCACCCCGCUGCCCCCGUCAUUGCCUCCUUCCGCGUCCUUCAUGAUGUCACCAAGAGCAUCCUCGGCAGGCAUUCACCUGAGGAGCGACACCGAGAGCGUUGCGUCAUUCGGUUCCGAGUCUACCUCAUAUUCCAAGAAGGCUCGGCCAGAAUCAUUGAUUGUGCAGCCCACGAAGGGGCCAUUGGUGUUGGGCAUUGCGCUGGUGGAUUUCAACCAUCUGGUUGGUCCUAAGAUCGAGUUCUCGAGGGGAGAUAUCUUCGACGACGAGGAGAUUGCGAAGAUCCUUCCUUUUCUUGCGCUGCCCGACGGCGCACACCUUACCACGGAAGACUACUCGUACUUCCAUUUGGUGCCAUCAACACCGAACCCAACCACCAUCUUCGGAAUCUCAUGUAAUCGGCAAAUUAGCUCUGCCGAGCUGCUCGCAAAGGGCCCUGACGUGACACGAUCUACGGUGCAGAAGGCUGUGGUUGUCCUCGCAUCGAAACCAGUUUUUGGGCCCAUUCGUGACCGUCUGGGCGUGAUCACACGAGCGCUGUUCUCGCAGCGGGAUUUCACCGAUACGAGCAUCUUGGAUGACUUCCACUCAUCGCUGGAGCCGUCACUUCGAGGUCAGAUGACUGAGAGCGGAUUGUACAUGGGAACAAGCUUGCGGGAAUUGGUUCACAACUUUCGUCAACGAACCCUCGUGUUGGUCAAGGCGCUCAUGUUGCAGAAGAAGAUUAUGUUCUUCGGCCACCCAGUAGAGCGCCUAUGCACAUAUCAGUAUUCUUUGGUCACUCUCAUUCCCGGCCUUCUCCAUAAUCUGGAUGAUUCCGGCUCGCCACCACUUGCCUACCGCGCCCAGACACUUCAACGACCAACUUCGCUCAAGACGUCUGACCCUAAGAGCAUGCUAGCUUACAUGGGUCUCCCUCUCGAUUUAUUCGGCAAGGACGCGUUCUUUCAGCCGUACCUACCAUUACAACAGCUCGAUAUGCUCAGAGACACCCCGUGUUGGCUCUGUGGGAGCACGAAUUCAAUCGUCACGCAGCAGAAGGAGAUCGACUUGCUUGUGAAUAUCGAGACGGGCGCGAUUGAGUUCCGCAACGCAAACGUCGAGCGGAUGGUUGCCUUGACGCCCGCGGACCGGAAGUGGAUGGACGAGAUUUUGAAGGAUGUGAAUGAUGGAUAUAGCGAGGACCCGAAUGUCAACGCGAGCAUGCACUUCAAGGGCAGCGAUGAUUAUCUCCGCCAGAAGUUCGAGGAAUACAUCUUUGGCGCUCUGUCGUCGGUGAAGUACGCCUCGUUCUUGGCCAAGGGUCAGGGAAACGGUGUCGUCAUUGCGGAUGGGUCAGCGGACCCGAACUCGCUGCAGGACUUCAAUAUGGUCUGGAUACAGGAGUUCAAGAAGUCGAAUGCGUAUGAGGUCUGGGAGCGAGUUACUGAUCCUCUGCUGUUCGAUCUUGUCGAGGCACGGCAUCCAUGCAGCGAGAAGCCGUCCGUCGUCGCCGAUAUUGGCUUGCGUCUUUCGGAAGGUAUCCAAGAGCUCAAGCUCGACCAACAACUUGCCCCCACACGGGAGGCGAUUUCGCGCACACUCGCGGUCGGCUCGACAAACUUCUUCAACGCCGUUGCAGGGGUGCGUGAGCGCUGGAUGCAGCGCAACCCGAGCUCCUCAGGUUCCAGCACAAGCGACGGCUCCUCCAACCUCACCAAGGUCAACUCGCGCGGGAGCGACGGCACCUCGUCCUCACUCAAGGGAUCUCCGGAGAUGUCGCGGAACGACUCUGCCCUGUCGAGCCCAACUUUGACGGCGCCAGCGAAGCACGGUGGCCUGCGUCCGCUCAGCAUCGUCGGCGCACAGGCGCGAGCGCAGCCCGAGCCCCCCAAACAGCAGCCGUCGACGUUCAGCUCGUGGGGCGCGUCCGUCGGGUCAUUCUUCUCACAGCGCGCAGCGAGUCUCUCGGUAUCGUCAUCGCGCCCGCCGAGCCUCACGUCGGUGUCGAGGGGCCCGUCACCUCAGCCGCCUGUGGUCCCAGUCACUGUCUCGGGCGAUAAAGGGACGCCGCCCAUCCCGAAGGAGACGCCUCCGAUCCCGAAGGAUGUACCGCCCGUGCCGGCGGAGGACGAGCCCGAGUUCCAGCCGAUGAAUUUGGAGCAGGCGUACGCUGCUGCACACAAGGACGGAGAGCGGGACCUGGCACCGGGGAAGGAAUCGGAUGCUAUGUCGACGAUAUCGUCUGGCGAUACCGGGUUUGCUAUGUGAGGAAGAGGAUACACCUCGGCGGUUGAUAGGCCCGGACGCGUGCUGGACAUGACGGGGGGAGCAGCGGGGCUAGCUCUGUGCGUUACAUGACGAAGAGAUGACGACAAACGAUGGCAUACGAAUAUAUGGACCACAGGCAGGUGUUAGGGUCGGAGACGAGAGUUAAGAGACUCGGUGCGUCCGUUGCGAAUCCAUUUUUAACGUCGUUGCGGGUAAUAUCGCUCGUGUUCUAGUUAUGGCAUUAGUUCGUAAAUUAUUACGCAAGUCUUUGUCGUCCCCGCAAUCUACUGUAGAGCAUUUUGGAGGCACAGGCGGUGCGGUUCGGCGUUCAAGCAUCGGCAAUCUCUGUCACGUUUCGGGUUCUGCAAGAGCGGACGGUCGCCAGGUAUUGGUCUUCAAUAUUUCAAUCACUUAUUCGCCACGCGUAAUCG